UUACAGUUACUUUUACAAACUUCUGCCGUGCAGAGAUACGCUUAGUGAGAACAAAAAGAAAAAGAAAAAAGUAAAUCAAGUUGAAAAAUAAAGCAGAAAGGAAAAUCGGAAAAUCAAAAUGUCUAUUAUACCACUCUUAAAUUUGGCCCGAGAGCUGGACCAUGAAUUUCGCUCAAGUGAGGAUCACUUUCUGGAUGAUGACUUCGGGUUUGGCGUCCAUGCUCAAGAGCUCUUCCAUCGUCCACGCCUGAUGUUGCCUCACUAUGGUGCUGGGGGAAUGGGAAUUGGUCGUCGUCGCUACUUGCCCUAUGACCGAAGCCAUCAUCAUCAUCCCCAUCAUCAGUUGGUGCCACGUCGCAGGUCUUCUGGGGGCCAGAACUCUCUAUUGCCGGCUAUUGGCAAAGAUGGCUUUCAGGUGUGCAUGGAUGUGUCGCAGUUCAAGCCCAACGAACUGAGCGUCAAAGUUGUAGAUAAAACUGUCGUGGUGGAGGGCAAGCACGAAGAGCGAGAGGAUGGCCAUGGUCUCAUUCAGCGACAUUUCGUUCGCAAAUAUACGUUGCCGAAGGACUUUGAUCCCAAUGACGUGGUCUCCACGGUAUCUUCGGAUGGGGUACUAACACUUAAGGCACCCCCGCCACCUACUAAAGAACAGUCGAAACCAGAACGCAUUGUGCAGAUCCAACAAACCGGUCCUGCGCAUUUAAGUGUCAAGGCCCCGCCGCCAAAUCCCUUGGAGAGUGCAACAGCCGAGGGAAAGACUGAAAAUGGCGGCGGCGGAGAAAAAAUGGAGUUGGGCAAGUAAAAGCGGGAGAAAGAAAGGAAUCGAAAAAAAACCGCCAUGGCAGGCGUAGUAUUCACCAUUGCAACAUUAAAACGGAUGCCGUAGUAGCAGUCCUCAUCACACACACUCACACAUCUGCAUCACAUAUUAAUAUUAAGCAACUUUUUUUUUUUUACUUUUUUACUUCAAUUUUUGUAACAUGAAUGCGAACUGCAAUUUUGUAAAACAAUAAAGUAUGCAAAAACAAAAA